CCAACAUUUUGUGAUAGUUGUAAAUUAAACUUCCAAAAAUAGGGGCAAUUGAAUCAAAAAGGGGAGCCAAACCAAAAGGAAAAAAAUGUGGAGUGUAGUAAGCAGAAGCUCAGUGACUCUCCCCUCUUGCCUAACUUCUGUCAACAUAUUUUCAUCGAUUCCCAGUCCCACUCUCAAGCUUCUUCGCAUGGCUUCUUCAAGACCAGCUGCUUCCUCCUCUUCUCAACACAUCCCCAGUAACAACAAUAACAAUAACAAUAACAACCCAGAUAAAGAUUAUGCUUCUGUUUCUCCUUCUUCUGCCAUCGAAUUCCUCACUCUAUGUCAGAAUCUUAAGACAACGAAAAGGGCAGGGUGGGUGAAGAGAGAAGUUCAAAACCCAGAAUCCAUUUCUGAUCAUAUGUAUCGUAUGGGGUUAAUGGCUCUUAUUUUUUCUGACAUUCCUGGUGUUAAUCGUGACAAGUGUGUGAAGAUGGCGAUUGUCCACGAUAUUGCUGAAGCAAUUGUUGGUGAUAUUACACCUUCUGAUGGGAUUUCCAAGGAGGAAAAGAGUCGCAGAGAAAGGGAAGCAAUUGACCAUAUGUGCAACGUCCUUGGUGGAGGUUCAAGAGCCCAAGAAAUAUAUGAUUUGUGGAUGGAAUAUGAAGAAGGCUCAUCACCGGAAGCUAAGCUUGUGAAGGAUUUUGACAAGGUUGAGAUGAUACUUCAAGCAUCAGAAUACGAAAAAGAACAAGGGAAGGAUCUGGAGGAAUUCUUUGAAUCUACUGCUGGUAAAUUUCAGACCGACAUAGGCAAAGCAUGGGCAUUAGAAAUAGCAUCAAGAAGACAAAAGCGCUAAUUACACAGCAGCAUCUUUUUCGGCCUGCUUUAAGCUUUUGCUUGGCAACAUCUCGAAGCUUUUGCGUUGUUGGUCAAUCGCUUUUACAUUUACUAGAACUAAUUGAUAGAAAACCCCAUCUACAUGGUUUAGCUUUCGGUAGAUGUUAUGCCUUCCCCUUUGUAUCCUGAAAACCUAUUUGAGGCUCUUUAUCAAAUGAGCUAUUUCGGUUUAAUACUUAGAUUGGAGUAGGAACCCUCGAAAAGAUAUCGUCCAUGUUUUUCUGGUUAUUCAAGUAGAUUUUCGAAGAUGAUAAAAUGUUCUACUAACUGAUUUGAGACUUUAAGCUACAAAUUAGUCACAAAUCAAGCAAAUGUUGUUGUCUCAAAGAAGCGAAGAGGAAAGCUGUUAUGUAUGUGAAGGCGGUUGA